AAACUCUCAUACUUUCAUCUCUUUCGUGUCUUUCUUAUCUUUAGAGAAAAUAUUGAAAAAGGAAACCUUUAGAAAGAUUCAUUUUUUCCCUCUUUUUGUUCAGAAAAUUGAAGUAAAAGAGCCUUAGAAAGAGAAUUACAGUUCACUCGCCAGUGAGAUUUUGCUUCAGUGUGCAUCAUCCGGCGAAGAUCUGGUAGUGUACACUGUUGCUUUGUUGGGAUAAACAUGAAGAGGUACUGUUUGUAGCCUGCCAACACAUCAGGAUACUGGUGUUGGUACGACACAGUUAAUGAGCAUGGACGUUGAAGUGAUAGAUGUGGAAGAGGAGAACAUGGCUUGCCAUGCAGGUGCUGAUGAAGGAGAUUCUGAACCUAACGAGAGUGGUAGUGAAGCAAGAAUGAAUGAUAAUCCUAAUGAGAAAGAGGUACAUGCUCAAGAUGAGGAUGGGGCUGGGGAACCAUCUGUGGGAAUGGAGUUUGAUUCUGAGGAUGCUGCGAAGACUUUUUAUGAUGCAUAUGCAAGGCGUGUGGGUUUUAGCACGCGUGUUAGUCAUCUUAACCGUUCCAAGCCUGAUGGGGCAGUUACAUUUCGAGAAUUUGUAUGCUCUAGAGAGGGUCCAAAAAGGAAGAAUGUUGAGAGUUGCAAUGCGAUGCUGAAGAUAGAAAAGAAGGAUUCAGACAAAUGGGUUGUGACCAAGUUUGUGAAGGAGCAUAACCACUCAAUAGUGAGUCCUAGUAAGGUGCAUUACCUCCGACCUAGGAGGCAUUUUGCUGGUACAGCAAAAAAUGAUGGUUACCAAGGGGUGCAGGUGCUUCCCAGUGGUAUUAUGUAUGUGCAAAUGGAUGGAAAUCGUGUUUCUGUUGAACCAACUCGCUCAGUUAGGAACAAUCCUGUAGAAUCUACUCGUCCUUCUAGGAAUGUUGGGCCUGCAAAUUAUACUAGAACUUCUGGCGGAAAGAAAACCCUAGGAAGAGAUGCUUCAAAUCUCCUGGAAUACUUAAAAAGGAUGCAGGCUGAGAACCCUGGCUUCUACUAUGCAAUACAACUAGAUGAUGAUAACCGCAUGAGUAAUGUUUUUUGGGCAGAUGCAAGGUCUAGGACCGCAUACAGCCAUUUUGGUGAUGCAGUCACCUUUGACACAAUGUACAGGCCAAACCAAUAUCGGGUGCCAUUUGCUCCAUUUACGGGAGUGAAUCAUCAUGGACAGAUGGUGUUGUUUGGUUGUGCUCUACUUUUAGAUGAGUCCGAAUCUUCCUUUGUUUGGUUAUUUAAGACAUGGCUUGGAGCAAUGAAUGGUCUCCCUCCUGUCUCUAUGAUAACUGACCAAGACAGAGCCAUACAGACAGCGGUUGCUCAGGUGUUUCCAGGAACCCGCCAUCGUAUAUGCAAGUGGCACAUCUUAAGAGAAGGCCAGGAAAGGUUGGCUCAUGUAUGUCGUGCAAAUCCUACAUUCCAAGGAGAUCUUUAUAAUUGCAUCAACUUAACAGAGACAAUUGAGGAAUUUGAAUCAUCUUGGGCCUUCCUCCUGGAUAAAUAUGAUCUUGGGGCAAAUGAUUGGCUUCAAGCACUCUACAAUGCUCGUUAUCAUUGGGUCCCAGUGUACUUUCGAGAUACUUUCUUUGCUUCAAUUUCUCCAAACCAAGGGUUUGAAACUAUCACUUCAUUUUUUGAUGGGUAUGUGAAUCAACAGACCACUUUACCACUGUUCUUUAAGCAGUAUGAAAGAGCUUUAGAGAAUUGGUUUGAAAGGGAGGUAGAAGCAGAUUUUGAUACAAUUUGCACCACACCAGUACUGAAGACACCAUCACCUAUGGAGAAACAAGCAGCUAACCUUUAUACGAAGAAAAUAUUUACGAAAUUUCAAGAGGAACUGGUUGAAACUUUUGUAUAUACUGCAAAUAAAAUUGAGGGAGAUGGGGCAAUCAGCACAUACAGGGUUGCAAAGUUUGAAGAUGACCACAAAGCAUACAUCGUCACAUUGAAUGUUCCUGAGAUGAGAGCGAGUUGCAGCUGUCAGAUGUUUGAGUUCUCGGGUAUUCUCUGUAGACAUGUAUUAACGGUCUUUACAGUGACAAAUGUUCUUACCCUUCCAUCUCAUUACAUCUUGAAAAGGUGGACAAGAAAUGCGAAGAGUGGGGUUGGCUCUGAUGAACGCAGUGGUGAUCUGCAAGGGCAAGAAACCAUGACUGCACGAUACAACAAUCUAUGUCGGGAAGCCAUAAAAUAUGCAGAGGAAGGAGCAAUUGCUAUGGAGACCUAUAAUGUGGCAAUGGGAGCUUUGAGAGAGGGUGGCAAGAAGAUUGCUGCUGGGAAGAAAAAUGUUGCAAGGGUCACACCUCCUAUCUCUCAUGUUACUGGAAGUAUUCAGGAAGAUGGUGCCAAGAAAACACUUGUGCAGGUUUCAGAUAUGACCCCAACAUUAUGGCCUCGGCAAGAUGAAUUGACUCGUCGCUUUAACCUUAAUGAUGUUGGUCCACCUGCUCAGUCUGUUGCUGAUCUGAAUCUUCCACGCAUGGCUCCUAUCUCCCUUCACCGAGAUGAUGGCCCUCCUGAUAACAUGGUUGUCCUUCCCAGUCUGAAGUCAAUGACUUGGGUCAUGGAGAAUAAGAAUUUAACACCUGCAAAUCGAGUAGCUGUCAUCAAUCUGAAGUUGCAAGAUUAUAGCAAAGGUCCUUUGGGAGAAUCAGAGGUGAAGUUUCAGCUUUCAAGAAUCACACUAGAACCAAUGUUAAGAUCUAUGGCCUACAUCAGUGAGCAGCUCUCAACGCCAGCUAAUAGGGUAGCUGUUAUCAAUCUGAAGCUCCAAGAUACUGAGACAACUUCCGGAGAAACAGAGGUGAAAUUUCAAGUGUCUAGAGAUACGCUUGGUGCCAUGUUGAGAUCAAUGGCCUAUAUCCGUGAGCAGCUAUCAAAUGUUGCUGAUCCUCAACCAGAGCCAUCAUCAAAGAAACAGCGGCAGUAGAUUUCACCGAAGCCUAGUUUCUUGUUUAGAGCAGGUGUUCCAUAUCUUUUAUUGACGGCAAUCGGCAGAGCCAUGUUUGUUUAUGUUGAUGCAUUUUCUGCCCUUCCAUUUAUGUAUGUGAUCUUACUGAUUUGUAAAUGUAACCUGUCAAACUAAGAUUGAAGGCAUCAAUGACUCGUUAUCCAGAUCAGGGGAGAUGGAUUCUGGUCUGGUGACGCGUCUUUCUACUAAUUUGCUCUUAGGGUCUGGGAUGGUUCUGUAUUUAUGUGGUGACAUGGCUUAGGAGUUUUUCACAUAUGUUACUUGGUUGUGGGGCUUGGGGGAGUCCUCUUGGUGCACAGAUCAGAUGUAGCUUUUAUAGGAAAUUGGUGGAACCAUUUUCCCCUUUCUUUUUGGGUUUGAUUUCUCUCUUUUUGGGGAGUGAGAUUUAGCUACUCUUUAUGUUUUAUGAUAAUAUGGUAAAAGUGGUGAUGCAU